AUGGAAAUGCUAGAGGUACGGGAGUACAGAGAAGGCAAAGAGAAGUCCCAGGCCAUGCGAGACAUCCACGCAUGGUAUGCUCAGGAGGAAAGAAAGAGAGCCCAGCUGUACCAGAAACGCAAGGAUGAGGAGGAAGUGAAAAGGAAAAACGAAGAACGCCAGCGCAUAAUAGAGGAGGCCAGUGCGAUAGCCACUCGUCUAGCCCACGAGCAAACCAUAGUCCUUACAAACAGAUUUAUCGAUAGGAUGUCUCAGGGAGCUUCGUUCGAGGAAGCAAGAAAUCAGCUGGGUACAGAUAUAGAGGAGAGGUCUGAAGAGCUAAGAAGAUCGAUCCAGGAUUCUUUAAACCAGUCUUUCCCUCCGGAAGAAGUAGAAGUUGUCUCGUCUCUUGUUUCUUCCCCACCUGGAUCGCCAAUUCACCAGCCUACACCACCAGUCCAGCAAGAAGACCAGGAUUUGACACAGUCACCUCAGGGGGCACCAUCACCUUCUCCAGCGACACCUCUCCGUUCUGUUACUCCACCACCACAGUCUGUCCCACCUGCUCCAGUACAGCAGUCACCACCUCCGGCUGUUCAGCAGUCUCCACCUCCGGCUGUUCAGCAGUCUCCACCUCCGGCUGUUCAGCAAUAUCCACCUCCGGCUGUUCAGCAGUCUCCACCUCCGGCUGUUCAGCAGUCUCCACCUCCGGCUGUUCAGCAGCCACCGCAUCCAUCUGUUCAGCAGCCACCACCUCCAGCUGUCCAACAACUACCACAAAGAAGAAGACCAGGAAAUCCGGGAAGACGGAGUACGAGGUUAGCGAUGCUUACAGAGGCAAGCCUAGCUUUCCUCAAGGUGGGACCAUACAUCGACCGUCUGAGAACAAGGCCUCUAAAAUCCAGCUAUUAUACAGCUUAA